AUGGCGCACCCCAAGAUGCGCCAGAUCGAGAAGCGGCUGUCGGCGGCGUGUACACGUCUUGAAGAAUGGAACUUGCAGAUGGUACAGCCGCGGGCCCCAGUCGCCAAACUCGCGGACGAGUUCGACGAGGCGGAGAAAGAACAUCGGCGGUUGGUGCAGUCGCAGCACACGUCGGUCGAGCCCCCGUCCAACAAGCCAGAGGCCACUCCUGCCGUCCCUCUUGCUGCGAUUCUGGACGGUAGCUUCACGAAGGCUCUCAUCAUGGACCCUGCUGAGCUACUGGGCUCCUGCGAAGACUAUGAGCUCUCCGAGUCACAUCAGAGAGAGCUGGAACUGUGGGGAGAAGAGCUCACGGCAGGCAUGAAGCAUAUUGCCAGCACUCUCUUCAGCAAGGCGGCUGAGGAGGCCCCGGAGAUCAAGGGGGCUCACCGA